UAGUUUCUACAGAGAGCAAGACGGGGGGGGAUGAUGGUUGAGUUAAGGAUUUGUACUUAGGAUGCAUAUAUAAAUUAGAAAAAAGUAAUAUACUGGUAUAAUAGGCUAUGACGAAUAUGUAACAGGGUUACUGUAAUUCAGGGAAGCGUGAGGUGGGAAGAGAAGAGAGAAAUACGUGAAGGCAAGUAGACAUGAAUAGGGAUUAUUGUAUGUGAAAGAGGGCUGAGUAAGUGAGAGAGGGCUGAGUAAGUGGCGAUCCAAAUGGUAUUUUGUAUCAAAUCUAAUUAAGGGUGUAGAAUCUGAAUAGAACAAAAAGGGGAAGAUUUGCAAAGUGGAAUAAAGGUUCGGUUAGUUUCGAAAGAUUGUCGAAAAGUAAAAGCAGAAACGGCUCAACGCGUUCAGAAGUGCGGAAUUGUACGAAAUCCACUAUCGUACCGAAAGAUGAGGCUCUACGACAGAAAUGUUAUCCGCUUGGCUAUUGUGCAACACCUCCGUGUUUACGGAAUAAGAAUCAAGAACUGGAAUAAAAACAAAGGCAGCAGUAGCAAAGUGACAGCGUGCUACCCGGCCAAGAUCUUUGGGGUGCCUCUUGAAUCCUUACCUCAGUGCAGUGUAGCAGAGUAUGGGACAGUACCCCGCUUUCUGGUAGAUGCUUGUGAAAAUCUUCUGCAGAAUGUUGAUACUGAGGGUUUGUUCAGAAAAUCUGGUUCUGUUGUCCGCCUAAAGGAACUCAAGGCUAAACUGGACAUGGGAGAGGACUGUAUUCCUUCAGCUCUCCCUUGUGAUAUAGCUGGACUUCUUAAGCAGUUCUUCCGAGAGCUGCCCGAACCUGCCAUUCCCACCGAACUGCAUGAUGCACUUCUCAAGGCACAGCAGUUGUUGACAGAGGAAGAGAGGACAACUGCCACACAUCUGCUUUCAUGCAUGCUUCCCGAUGGAGUUUCUCAGACACUGCGUUACUUUUUUAACUUUCUCAAAAAUGUAUCCCAGAGAUCUGCAAAGAACAAGAUGGACAGCAGUAACCUAUCUGUGAUCUUUGCCCCAAAUCUCCUGCAUUCCAGUAAUGUAAAUGAAAAGAUGACUGUAACAACUGAAAAACGUCUUAAACAGCAGGCAGCCAUAGUGCAUUAUUUCAUAGAGCAUGCUGACACUUUUGGUUCUGCACCACAUUUUAUCAUGGAGAAGAUUCCUGCAAUGCUUGGAGUUGAUGGUGGUCUUGCCACGCCCACUCUAGAAAGUAGGGGAGAAGGAGGGGAGAGUGAGUUUUCAGAUGUAAAAAAGAGGAGGCGGCGAAGUGUUGGAGAAAUGGUUAAUGGAGCACUCCAUAAGUUAAAAACUAAUAGAACACCCACAAAUACACCUCAGUUUGAUGGAUCAGUUAUUUCGUCAGCCACUCCUGUGAUAUUGACUCCAAACUCUAAACGAAAGCUUCCUCAUGAGUCUGCACAAGGCUUGGGAUUUUCCAACAAAAAGCGAAGGUCUUUGAAACACAACCUUGCUUUAGAAUUACUUCCAAACAUCAUUUUUGGUAGUGGCUCAACUCCAGGCUCAGGUCAUACUAAUGAUGCUAGUCCUUCUACAUCUCUGGAUUCUUCACACGGUGCUGUAUCUUCUGCUGGUGGGGUUAGACACACUGCCAAUUCUGCAAAAAGAAAAAGUAAAAGAAUUGAGUACAAAAAAGUGAACAGAGUUGAAUCUGGAAAAGCAGGUUGCUUUUCCCCAAGAGUCUGCAGAAAAGAAGUGGUACGCAAGUCACUGCGUCUUCGGUUCAGUCUUGGCAAGAGCAGCAGAGAUUCUAGCGUCAUAUCAAAUUCAUUUGUGGCACCAAAAGGAUCAGAAAGCAUUGGUUGGCGCCUUGCCACACAAGAAAGUGACACCAGUUUUGGGUCUGCAAAAGAUGCUGCCUUUAGUCCUGUCAUCAUAAGAAAUAAAUGCACAAGAAAGGGUUCCAGGUAUAUUAGCAAAUCUGAAGAGAAUCUGCUUACCCCUCAGUGUGAUCCAACAACCCACAGGACUUCCUGGAAUGGAGCCAGCCCUGUUGAUCCUCUUGUAUUCAGUGAUGAAACCUACACAGAAACACCAAUGGGCAAAUACCUGAAAAGCAGCUACUUCUCUGAGCCUGCCUUGAUCUCUGGAAAGCCACCAAUUAUAGCUGGUAUUCCUAAAGAUCUCCGAUCCACUUCCAGCAGUGAAAACCUUAGGAGUAAUAACUCCUUCACUGAGGAUGAAAACAGUGUCACUGGAACAACCCUCUUGAAGAUUAAAAAGGCUUUCACAGAAUCUGGGAGUAAUCUGUGUUCACUUAUUGGGGACAGAAGCUCCCCACAAAAGGAAAUAGACUUAAAAGAAGGAGAAAAUGAUAUUUUAAUUGACUCAGUAUUUUUGCCAGAGUCUAAUUCUCAAGAAUGUGAAUCAUAUGAAAAAAAUAGAAAUUCCUACAUUUCUCCUCAAAAGGAUCUCAUGGAGAAUCACCACUUCAUGUUUGACCAAAGAGGCAUUCUCAGUGAGUCUCCAUCACUAGAAAGCUGUCAGCAGCCAGGAUCAGAUCAGUCUGAUGCUUCACAGGGAAUUGAACAAGCUGUGUUCCAGAGUAACAAUCUAGAUAAUGACUGUGCACUAACUGGUGAAGCUCAGAUAUUAAAGAGCAGUUUUAUUGAAGAUCUUAAUACCACUACCGCUUUACCUGAUAAAGCGGUCUCGGACGUUGUACAGUCACCUCUCUGUACAUCCACAUUAACAGUUCAGUUGCUCAAAAUGCCGGCACCUCCUGUUAGUGAUGUUUCACGAUCUGAUAUGCAAGUUGAAACUCCAAGAAUGCCAGAUCAGAAUACAGAAUUUCAGAAAAACAAAUUAGAAAAAUCACCAGUAUCAGAUGUUUCAGAAACUAUACCUUUAAGGGUGGCCGAUCACAUUCAAAGAUUUACUGUGCUUUCUUUGAAUGAUCAUACUCCUAAGACAAAAACAAUCAAGUCCCCACUUAAAUUCCAACGCACCCCUGUACGCCAGUCUGUCCGAAGGAUUAAUUCACUGCUUGCGGAAAGAAGACCAACAGGAGGCAUGAACUGCUCCUCAGAAGUUACCACCCCAACGAUGGUUAAGUCAGUGAGUCAUGAAAGUGGCCUGUUUUCAAAAGAGGGGCUUUGUUUCCAAAACCCUGAAGACCCGAUACCUUGCUAUCAUCCUGGUAAUGAACACAAGAAACUUUCCAACAGUACCAAAAGCUUCAUUCACCAAACAAAGCAAUCUGCUCUUGGUGAUGUUACUAACAAGGUACAACAGAAACCCAAGGUUUCUUUGCUGGCAAAUAAGAAUAAUAGUCCAAAUCAAACUAAUGCAGAGAGAUCCAUCAUGCAUCACAUCAUAGAGAAAGAAAAAUGCCGUUUCAAAGGCUCGCCUAAGAAUCCAUUGCCUGAAGGCAAAUUUUUGUCAACUACAAGAGCUAUAGAUCUCUGAUCUACUCUAGACCUCCUGCUAUGUGCAAUUGAACUCCUGCCUGGACUUUGAAUUAUUACUUCAAGCAAUGUAUUCACCUUGUUUACAAUGUUAAUUUAUUUUCUUUAUCUGUAAAUGCAAGUUUAUGUAAUAUAGCCAUCAGGGAUGAUUUGUGAAUUAAGUACUAAACCAUAAUGUUUUUUGUCAUCCACCUUCAGCGUGUGAUUAUACAAUAAGUACCUGUAGUAUCAAUGAAAAUCUUGGAAUGGAUGAAUUUAUAGUUCGACUGUUUUUGAAGUUUUAAUAUUUUUGCUUUUGUUACUUUUUACAUGGUCAGUAUAAUGAAACGGUUGAGUUUACCAGGUAGAUUUGAGGGGGCAGUUUGAAUAACAGUCUUACCUUGUUGAGAAUGUUUUUGGUCAAGGGUCAUUCACCUUGGACUGGUCUUGCCUUGAGCUGGAGAACCUGUAACAUAAAAUUCAAAAUACUACCAUUGUAAUUAGUUAUGUUACAAUGAUUGAGUAACGGUAUAUGUUGCAAAAUAAGUUAGCUUAUGUGUUCCUUUUUAAAAUUACUUUUAAGUGUUGCUUUUAAAUAUUUUAAGUUAUAUGCCGGUCAUUUUUAAGAGCGGGAGCUGAGGCAGUUUAGUGGCUUAUUAUGAGGAUUAGAAAAAGGGUGUGUUUUAGGUAUUUUUUGCCAAAUGACUUUUGUUUUCAGUUUAAUUGGAGGAAGAAUGAAAAAAAAAUGUCCCCUUUUCUCUUUGUGAAUGUCUUUUGUACAAAGAAAUUAAGUUUAUACUGCAUACAAACUUGAAAACGGCAAUAAAAUCUAUACAAAAGAAAUUCUAAAGCAUAUUGCG